AUGCGAGUCGUGCGCAAAGCACCGGACAACUUUCAAACUAACUUCGUCAAAGUAUGUUUUAUCAAAUGUCAGUACGACAGUGGGAAAAUCGCAGAUACGGCACAGUGGUUGUGGGUUGUGGUGUCUGCGUUCACAGUCAUUCAGCUUUUGAGUUGUGAUCGAGGAUCCGGAAACAAGUACUGGAAACGAAAAAGGAUCUUACAGUUAUCAGCCCAUUUCUAUGGUCGAAGCCGCAACUGUUAUCGGCUGGCUAUAAGAUCGGUGCAUCGUGCCCUUCAGCACGCCUGUCAGGGCCGGAAGGCUGUGAAAGUCGAAAGGAGCCAGCUUUGGGAGACUAGAAUCAACGCAGCCUCAACAGAACUUGGUCUGGCCUGUGGGCCUCUUCUCACCAAUUUAUCGAAGUGCAAAGUUGCGAUCGACCGAAGAGUUCUGUCCGACCUGGCGUACACAGAGCCACGGACAUUCAAAAGCCUUGUUGGCUUAGCUCGCAUGAAGAGGUUCCUCGAGCCAGCAGGCCCAAAGGCAGCCUUGGAGAAACCUCCAGAUGGGAUCAUCACGAGGGGUAUGCUUUAGAAGGGAACUCGUAAAAGUAGUGUCAUCAUGUUCCAGCAAAAGAAAAAAAUAAAAUAAAAUGAAUGGGUA